AUGGACACGCCGAGCACCGCUGACUCGGUUCUGACCAUCAUUCGCCGUGCUAACCUCCCACAUCCAGACGGAGAGUUACUAGAGCACUAUAUCGAUGAUUCCGUCGACCAGGAUCAAGCCGCGAACUACGUGUUGAAGACCUACAUGAGGGAUGGGGUCGGCAAAGGCGAUGUCGCUUCCGAUCGGCCCACGCGACCCAUUCGCGAUCGGGAUCUCGUGGACAAGAUAACCAGGAGAGAUCGUACGUGCCGACUUACGGGCCUACGAGGAACAUUCUUGGACCCUCUGAUAGUUGUUCCCAUAUUCCCAAUACUAGACAAUCCGCUACGCGAGCCAUUGCGUGAGCUGCUAUGCGCCUUCCUAAGCCCCACGCUUCGAGAUUGGGUCGCGGCGAGUUCAAGCGCAGAGUUCCAACACAGCCCUGGGAAUCUUUGGUUGCUCCGCAAGUCGGCCGCAGCGGCGUUUGCCCAAGGAUAUUAUGAGUUGCUCAUCAGGGAACACGAGUCUUUCGUCAGCACUACGUUCGUUGGGGGAGACGACUUCCCUCGUAUCGUCGACCGAAGGGCAGCGUUACGCCUCAUCUCCCUUGAUGACCAAUCUGGCUCAGGCAAACUUGCUCCAGACCGCUCGGCGCUAGAAGUCCUCUCUCGGUUUGCGAAUUCAGUGCGUUGGAGCUAUAUCGCUCACAACCUCGCUGCGAACCCCUCGUCAUCCAGCCGCGGGUUUCUCUUUCCCAAUCCAGUCACUGGUUGA